AUGACUUCGGAAGAGGAAACGAAAAUUGUGGCCGUGGAACGAAUAAAAGAAUAUGACGAAACCAAACAGGAAGCUGCCUCGAGAUUGGCCGGAGCCCGGCCGUGUGGAAUUUCAAGACUUCCAGAAAGUAGCUUCCGGUAUCUAUCGGUGGGACAGCAGCAGCUGAUUUAUCUAGCCCGUGCCUUGCUGCGUAGGACUCAAGGUUCUGAUUUUGGACAAAGCUAUCGCGCAGUGGGUUUGGAAACUGACGAUCCCAUCCAGAGAACCAUUCGUACGGUAUUUAAAGAUUGUACGGUACUUAUGAUAGCACAUCGUCUUAAUACCAUCAUGGACUCGGACAAGGUCAUCGUUUUGGACAAAGGACAGAUCACGCAAUCAAUCAAUCGGCCUUCUACAGUAUGGCCAAGGACGAGCGGCAUGUUCACUUAA